GUCACACAACAAGGAGCGAUAAGGAGCCGAAGAGCUUGGCUAAUCUUUUUUUUGUGAGGUAAAUGAAGAUUGGACAGCAUCAUGGUGGCAAUCACAGAGUUCCAGAAGAUUGGCGUUGGCUUGACAGGGUUUGGAAUUUUCUUCCUCCUGUUUGGAGUGCUGCUGUACUUUGACUCUGUCUUGCUGGCAUUCGGUAAUAUCCUGUUCCUAACAGGUUUGGCUUUCAUCAUCGGCCUGAGAAGAACGUCUCACUUCUUCUUCCAGAGACAGAAACUCAGAGCCUCCUCGUUCUUCCUGGGUGGCGUGGCUUUAGUGGUGCUCCGAUGGCCACGGAUAGGAAUGCUGGUGGAGAGUUACGGCUUUGUGCUUCUCUUUAAAUCCUUUUUCCCUGUGGUCUUUGGAUUUAUUGGAACCAUUUUAAAUAUGCCAUUCCUCACUAAUUUAUUUAGUUUCUCAGCAACCAGCAACUCCAUGGUUUAAAACCUUGAACUGAUCUGAUGGGAACAUCUGGAUAAAACCUCAUCGAACACCUUUGGGAUGAACUGGAAUGACAAAUGCAAGCCAGACCUUCUUAAAUUGGAAUGAAUGUUUGCAGAGACACUUCCCAGUGCCCAGGGGCCAAGGUUUUGGAAUGGGACAUCCAACAAUGCUUAGGUGUCCACAUAAUUUUGAAACUAUAGUGUAUAUAUGGCAAAAUGUAUGUUUUUCUUUUCAAUAUUAGAGCUACAUAUGUGCACAAUGGUAUAUUGUUCUUGUUUUUUUCCCUAUAUAUAUGCAUUAGUUUCAAAAUUAUGUGGACACCUAACCAUUGUUAAACAUCCAAUAUCAAUUUUCUUAAAAAGCGGACAAAUAAUUUAUUCUUUUUUUCCGUUUUUACUUUUUGUUCACCUGCUGCAUCUCCAUAUAAUAUAUUUUAUUGGAAUAAUAUUGUCAGUGUACCUUUGUAUCAUUUUAAAUAAACAAAUUGCUCUAUUUUUUAAA